AUGGAGUUGCUGCUCACCCGAGCCGAACCGCGGCAGCUCAUCUUGGCCACGGCGUCGCAUGCGCUCGUGCUACGUGCCGUCUCGUCCGGAAGCGGCGCUGCGGUUGGCGACAGGGGCACCAAGACUGCGACCGCGUCCGCUUUGAUCGUCGUCGAGCUGAUCCCGAGGGACCAGGUCUCGAGUCAAGCGACGCUCAUCAACCCCGUCAUUCAUGGCUGUCUCGGUUUGCUCAGCGUAGGCAAUGGUCAGUCCCUCCUCAUUACCCACACCGACGACGUCGCUAGGGCCGACCUGCACCCACCCCGUCGUGUGUCCGACAAUUGGAUCGGGACACUGACAUGAGCUCCUUGGAGCGUGAAACAGAAACCUUUGUACCCAUUGUCACGCACUCGACCACGCUCGGCACCUCGCAUCGCUCCCUUGCCAAUUCGCUCGGAUGCGAACCCGUCUCGCGAAUUCUCUCGGUCGAAUUCUACUGCCUCAACUCGGCCGCGUACGACUACUAUCAUGACCCGGCAGGUGCCGCGUACUCGGCUUAUGCGCGGGGUGAUCAUUUCCCUACCAACUCGGCCUACCGUGCUCCUGGAGAUGCUUCCGGUUCGAUGGCCGAUUCCAACUCUUUCGGCCUCGGACGAAUCGGCUCGUCGGGGAUGGCGAUGCACUCUCCUUCCUCGACGACGAGCGUCGGGGAACCUCUCGAGCACCCCUGCGCGCAGAUGAAGAAGAUCCUCUGCUCGGGUAGCUUUUACUUUUCCGGUGGAGGCGUCAAGACCUUUGACCUUUCGACGCGGCUGCAAGCGAGGUUGGCCAAAGCCGAAGCAGAGAAGCACAGGGGGAAUCUCGACGAUGACGAUUCCUUGCUCGGCGGGGGUAGCGCCGGCGGCGUCAAUACUCCACGCACGAUAUAUUCUGCAAAAGGAAAGGAAGCCGUUGUUGAGACGACAUCUCUGGACUCGUCGAUCGACAAGCGCUUUCUGUGGAACACCUUUGCCAUUACCCCAUUGCUCGAGUUUCGCGACUCGUGGCCGUUCGAGGUCCGGCAGCAGCUCGAUCAGCAGGGGUUCCUCAUUCUUGCCAUACAGGGUUACUAUGGCACCUAUGAUCUCGCGUUGGGCGGACAGCCAGCGACGGUCAGCUUGAUCUCGCGGUUGGGGUGGAAGAGGGCUGGAACAAGGUUUAACGUCCGAGGCAUUGACGACGAAGGCAGCGUCGCCAAUUUCGUCGAGGUCAGUGCUCCUUCCUGAGCCGGCUGAGCAAGAAAAGAGACUGACCCAAUGAUCUUACCUACGUAGACGGAGACUAUUUUGCGAACAUCAACGAUGUGCUUCUCCUUUGUCCAAACGCGAGGCUCGGUGCCGCGUAAGUCACUUCCUCUCGGGCCAUUUCCCCAGCGGUGAGCUGAUCGCUUGCUGUUGAAUAUCCGCGUCCAGUCUUUUGGGAAGAAGGCGGUGCCAACCCACUCGCCCCGAAAAUCAGCAUCACCCGACCCCCCGAAGCCUCUCUCCCAGCUUUCAUCCGACACUUUGAGGAACUCGUCGACACCUACGACGCAGUGCACAUCGUCAACCUCCUCUCGCAUCGUGAGCAAGAAGCGGCCCUGACGGACGCGUACGCCCAGCACCUAGCGACGGCGCAAUCCCUCGACGAGAACAUCGGAGACCGGGUUGAUUUGACGGCUUUUGAUUUCCACUCGAGAAGCAAAACCGGUGGGAUCGAAUCAAUUCGGAGCUCGUUGAGUCAGAUUUUGGGGAAGAAGGAGGAGGAGUUUGGGGCUUGUAUUGUCACUUUUGAAGGGGACGGAGCUCCCCAGGUGAUUACGGGUCAACGGGGGGUGUUUAGGACGAAUUGCAAAGGUUUGUCGCGCACUUCCUAUGUAUAGGGACGAAAUCACUGACUUUUUUGCGGUUUGCUCAGACUGCCUCGAUCGAACGAAUGUCGUCGAAGACUUCAUCUCCCGCUUCGCCCUCGAGGAUUUUGUGAGCAAAAGUGGACCAGCAAUGCGAGGCGGUGACGCAGCGCUCUGGUCCUGCCAUGGUCAGCUCUUUGCCGAGAAUGGCGACGCCCUUUCCAAAAUCUACGUCGGGACGGGAGCGAUCAACACAAGCUUCACCAGAAGUGGCAAGAGCGGGUUUGCAGGUCUGUUGUCGAAUGCGACAAAGUCGGUCGGGAGGAUGUAUCAGUCGCAGUUCGUCGAUAGUGGGAAACAGAAAGCGAUCGAUGCCUUCUUGGUGAGUCGAAUUCAAUCGUCACCAUGAAAACAUGCUGGUGCUGAUAAUGAUUCUUUGUCUGACUUGUAGGGUAAUUUGGCCUCGUCGAAACAAGUGCGCGUUUUUAACCCCGUCAAUGAUCUCAUCCGAGCCCGACUACGCGAGCGCUCCUCGGAAUACACGACCUAUGAACCCAUCACCUUCUUCGUCGGGACCUACAACCUCAACGGCAAACCCCCGGGCAAUGAAUCUUUACUCCCUUGGCUAUUUCCCAUCCCCGACGCCCCCGAACCAAGUAUGAUCGUCAUCUCGUUCCAAGAGAUCGUCCCUUUGACGCCUCAAAUGAUCAUGGCGACCGAUCCGGAGAAGAAACGCAAAUGGGAGGCCCAUCUGCUUAGUUCGGUAGCGCAGAGAUCGAAUCCGCAGGGGGAUUACAUCCUUUUGAGGUCGGGGCAGUUGGUCGGAACCGCGUUGAUCGUGUUGAUCAAGAAGGAGAUUGUGCAUGAGAUCAGGGGAGUUGAAGCGGCGGUCAAGAAGGUCGGUGGAAUUUUCAACCUCACUUCCUGUUGAUUUUUCUUGACACUUUACUUCGAUUGCCUGUUCUCUGAGCAGACGGGCCUGAAGGGUAUGGCCGGCAACAAAGGCGCGGUGGCGAUUCGCCUCCAAUACCGCGAUACGACGUUCUGUUUCCUCACGGCGCAUUUCGCGGCGGGUUAUUCGAAUGUCGACGAGCGCAACGCCGACUUUUUCACGGUCGAACGAGGCUUGCGUUUCAGUCGCGGAAGGACGAUCGCGAGUCACGAGUGAGUUUGGUAUGAAUUGUCUAUAUCCAGAUGAGAGCUUGUCGCUGAUUGCGUUUUCUCGCACGCCUCGUACUCGUGCAGCAACGUCGUCUACGCGGCGGAUACGAACUACCGCAUCUCCUUACCCAACGACCAAGUGCGAACACUGGCCGAAGCUGACGACUAUACGACGUUGCUCGAGGCCGACCAGCUGGGUCAAGUGAUGCGCACACGACAUGUUUUUGAGGGCUACUCGGAGGCUCCUAUCCUGUUCCGACCUACUUAUGUGAGUUGCUCGACGAGCUUUCCCCUUCUCGUCCCUAGGAUCUAGGACUGAAAUUUGAGCGACCCCCAACAUCACAGAAAUACGACAAUUAUUCCGACACUUAUGAUUCUUCGGAGAAACAACGCGUCCCCGCCUGGACCGAUCGAAUUCUAUACCGCGGACGAGACCUCGAUGUCACGCGCUAUCAACGCGCCGAGCUAAAGGCAUCAGACCAUCGACCCGUAUACGCCAUAUUCCAAGCCCGGAUCCGAUCGAUCGAUCAUUUCAUUCGUGCGACGUUGAGGAAACAGCUCUCGGAGGAGAUUAUGGCGUUGGAGAAGGGGAAUACGUUGGACGACAAGUUGAGGAGGUUGACAACAAGGGAUUCGGAGACGCCAGCGGAGCCGUUGUUGGUGGAUGGUUCGCUCCCGGCGAGGUUGAAGGGGUUGCCACCGCCUUCAGAUGAUAAGCAGGCUUGGUGGAAUGAUCGAGGUACGUGCUGAGGACCCCGGCGUCCAAAUAUGUGCAUCAUCGCGGAGCUCAUCUCUCUUCGCUCGAAUAUUCGGCAGAUGGCAAAUUGAACCUCGAUACCGUUUCACUUGGCUCAAACACAAUUAUCAACGGGACGAACCCAUUCGCGUCUGGCUACUCGCAGUCGAGUCCUCAGAUGACAGAAAGACCCACCGUGCGACGGAAAGCCCCACCGCCGCCGCCGAGUUCUCAGCCGACUCUGAAUACGACGCCUUCCUCCACGACGACCUCGACCAUCGCGCCUACAUCGUUCGAUCCUCUCACGUCGGACAGCCCUUCUUCGUCGGUCCCUCCGCCGAUCCCGAGGCGACCUAACCAGGCACCGCCGAGCAAGUCUUUGCUGGAUGAUGACGAGACGAUGGCCAGUGGAGAGGGGAAUGGGUGGCAAGUUAUCGAGUGA